UGCUGAUCGCAAACCAAUUAUGUUGGUUUUGUCGUGACGCGGCUUAUUUGUUUUAACAUCUUUAAUUGUCAUUUUGCACAUUGUGGUGGAAUUGUCUCGUGCCACGUGUAAAGUGUCUAUGGGUGCAAUUGUCCUGUGCACACCUCAAAAAGCUAUAUGACCUACACACUGUAUCACAUCAGUCUUUAUACAUUUGAUUAUUAUAUUAUCCGGGCAUGUUUUUACUAUCAAAAGAUAAUUUUGUAAUUCAUUACCCGUAUAAUGAUCAAGGAAGUUUUCAAUAAAUGGGCGAUUACUUCGUUUCAUUAAUUUCUCACGUGCUUUUAGAUACAGAAUAUACGGAGUGUAGCUGUUAAGGAAACAAUGAAACAAAGGGGCUGCGUAUAUAUUCACUUUAUUCUGCUAGCUCUUAUGCUACUUGAAACUCCAGGAUUGAUUAGGAUGGAAAAGAACGAUGACUGUUUACUUGAGAAUUCAAAUGUCGUAUGUGAAAGUAGAAUACCAUUCGUCGUACCUAGUAAAAUAUCAGGCAUUGUGAUCAGGGACUACUUAAAUAAUACUAUCGAUAAUACAACGUUUGCACAUGACAGUUGGUCUUAUGUAGAUUUACUAGAUAUAACAGUUAACCACAUAGUAUGGUUCCGUCUUUAUGACUAUAAUAUUUUCUCACUAAAGAGUUUAAGACAUCUUGGUGUACACUCUCCAUUUUACCAGUUCCAUAACGAGGCAAAGGUUUUUGAAGGACUAUCAAUGUUACACACAUUAAACUUAUCGUUAUGUCAUUAUCUCGAUGAAUCAGCUAUUCUAAAAUUACUCUCCCCAAUUAGUCACCUGGAUACUCUGCUUCUUGAUCAAUUUGCCUCAUCUGGUGACCGGUUUUUCAAAAUUGAUAAUGCAUUUAUAAAAGCAGUUCAUGAAAAGAAAAUACACAAGCUUAGCUUGAGUGGAUGCAAUUUAUUAUUCACGGGUCCGUUGUAUGUUAGUAAUAUGUCCAUGGUUUUAUAUGAUAUAGAUAUUUCAAAUACGUCACUUGUUAAACAGGUUAAUAUGUUAAUCAAUGACACUGUCCUAGACAUGUUAUUGCCGAAAAUUAAGGUUUUAGAUUUGUCCCUACUACAGAUGAGAUUUAUGAGUGUAGAUUAUGAUUUCCUAAAUAAUUACAUUUAUGACAAUAAGUGUACCGACACGAACGGUUUCUUAAAAUUUCUAUUGAGGGUAGAAAAUCUUAUGCUGAACAGUGUACUGCCAAAACAAUUGAGUGCGAACAAUUCGUUUAUUGACUUAUCACAAUGCAAUGUCGAUUUGCGGUCAUUACAUUUAAGGUCAAAUCACUUACAUUAUUUAAAUGUAUCAAUCCUGUGGCCCGAGGAUAUGUCUCUAUCUGCUAUUGACAUGUCUUCAAAUGACAUUGAAUAUUUAUCUCCCUGGCUUUUAAAUUCUGUAACAUCACUUAAAGUAUUAAAUCUCUCAAACAACAAAUUGCACCAUAUGCAAUUUUCUUUAGAGUUCAGUGAUUUGUUUAUUAACCAUACAAUUAUACAACGAUUGGUUCUUUCUAGAAACCGUCUAAGAUUUCUUCCUUUCGCGUUUUUGUCCUACAACACCAACUUAAUUAUGUUUAAUUUGUCAUAUAACAAAUUACCUUCUAUCAGUUUCGAUUUAAAAAAAAUGAUGAAAUUGCAGUUUUUGGACUUGAGAAACAAUGACAUAUAUUAUAUUGAUGGUGGUGAAUUGAACUCAUUAAAGGCAUUUGUAACAGAUUUCUCAACGCAUCGAAAAAUAUAUCUUGAGAAUAAUCCGUUCAUUUGUAAUUGUAAAUCAUCAAGUUUUAUUAAAUGGUUACUAGUUUACAUGACAAAUACUUUCAAUCAAAGUAUGACUUGUUCUUUGAAUGAGAAAGAUGAUGUUGUCAUCAAUGGGGCUGGGAUCAAAGAGACGGAAUUUUCUUGUAUCCGUUCAAAAAUAAUCAUCACAUCAGUUUCAACAGUGGUAUUCUUAAUAACUUUUGUUUCCAUUGGGACUGGUUUUAUGUACUACAGAAAGCGAAAGAAGAAAAAAGGGAGACGAAGGAAAACAUUUAUUGAUGAUUUCAAACUAGGUUAUGUUCCGGAAAAAUAUUUGUGUUUUGUAUCUUAUUCUAGCGAAGAUAAUGAAGCAGAUAUCAAGCAAGUUUGUGCUUUAAUAAAAGAGUCUUUACAGGAAUUUAUUCAGACUAACAAAGAACUUCUUUGUGUUGGCAAUGAAGAUUUUAAUCUCGGAAUUCCAAUCGUUGAUGAAAUAAUGAAAUGUAUUUCAGAAAGCUGUGUUGGACUUUUCUUUGUGACAACCAAUUUUUGCCAGAGUCAAUGGUGUGAAAUGGAACUUCGAGAAACAUACGAAUUACACAAACCAAUUAUUCUGAUAUUUAAAGAAGAAAUCGACACUUGCAUUAUGUCUCCAUUAAUGUUAAAAAUCUUUAGACAAUAUACCCGAGCUAAGAUUGAUUUUAGAGAUGGGCAGAUACAAAUGAUACCAAAUUUUAACCAAUUAUCAAAUUCCAUUUUAAUGCUAGAGUCAUUUGCGUAUUGUAAAGAAUUUUUGUAAAAAAUGAACGUAUUUUUCCAAAGGAGAACAAAUAUGGUAAAUCAUUCUACCCAUAUACACCCUAUGUUUACUCUAUAUAUUUGAAUGAUAAGUUUGAUCAAAUAUACGAUAUUGUAACUGUUAUACUUAUACAUACAUGUAUUAACGUUUGUUUCUAACAAUUUAGAUUAUUUAAGUGAGCAAAAAACUGUUUCUUAUAUUGGUUUCAUACAUUUUGGUUGUCCUCUUUUGCGGCUUUUGAUAAUGAGUAGUUACUUGUGUUAAUUAAUAUACCUCUAUAAUAAAAUAUAAUAAA